AUGAAUUCAGAUGCUUCAACUGAUUCAAAGUUAGAUGAAUUGGCUCUCAUAUUUCCAGAUAAGAGACCUGCACAAAUUCUUAGAGCAUUAGAAAGUGCCAAUGGGGAUUCUCACGAAGCCUGUGCAAUACUGCUUUCCGAAUCCAGUUCUGAACCAGUUCAAGCGUCUGACCCUUUAGAUGAAUUGAAAGCGAUGUUCCCCAAUGUGGAUUCUAAGACUAUUGAGGAUGUGUACCAGCGGUCAAAAUCGAUCGAAGCUGCCACCUCUGAACUCUUAAGUUUGCCAAUGCUGUCUUUAGUGGAUGAUGAAGAGCAAAAACAUGCUGAGAGGCAGCUUAAGGAUGGACAGUGUGAUAAGACAGCAAAUAACCAAAAUGCCUGGCAAAAGACUAGUUGGAAAAUGAAUUCUGACAAGAUCAGAACAAUACGAAAUUACACAGCAGUUUCUGACUCUAAAGCGAGGCAGGCGUAUCACAAAAAUUCAUUUAGUGCCGUGAAAUCCAUCAUUCAAUUGAUAUGGGAUCAGGAUUACUUUUCAAACAGUAGCAGUAAGCACAAUGAACCGGCACCAAGAGUGAAAAAGUCGAGGGGAGGAAGAGUGCAGGCAGCGACAGGCUUCGCCCAUGCGACAAGCUUUGCCGAUGAGUCUAAAAGCUCGUUCAAGGUCCUUGAAAAUAAUGACGAUGAUGCAGAUGUCGCAGACAAAGAAGUCGAGGGAACCUACGUUUACUCCGACAAUUCGAAAGAAGCCCAAGAACUAAAAGAUGUCCUUCAAAGUAAUGCAGAGCUUCGAACCAUCAAUUUAACAUUCCUCAAGCGUGCAUUGACCUUUUAUCGUGGCGAUUUGCAACUGACAAUGUCCCUGGCUUUGUUCAUACUAGAGGCCAACGGCGCCAAAGCAACUUACCGUUCUGUACCAGACCCCAAAGAAAUGUUUAAUUUUACCAUUGCACAAUCCAAGUCACAGAAAAACAAGGCUGCAGCUGUACCAGCUAUAGAUACAACUCAUUUGACGCCUCAAGCUUUCCUGAACGAUGAGCAUUACCACGAAGGACGUCGUAUGAUACAAAAUGUUUUAACGACUACCAGAUUCGAUUUUCACGGAUUUGUACCGAAAGAUGCAAUCCAAGUACUUAGAGAAUGUCUAGAUAAGUGGUGGAACCAAGAAAUUAGAGAACGUGAGAUGAACUCACAGAAAUUGUCGAUCAGUAAAGCGCUUAAUGUCGCUCCAAUUGAGAUCGUAACAGGUAGAGGAAUACACAGCGCAGGCGGUAUCUCGACCCUCAAAAUUAAGGUGAGAAAGUUUCUCAACGAUAACCACUAUGUCUAUUGGGAGGAACCGGCUUAUUUCAUUGUUCAAGGCAGAAAGUCCUCGAGGAUUGGAACUUAA